GCUGGGGCAGCCGGAGGAGGAGGCGGCGCGGCGGUGGCGCUGCGGUGACCGAGUCCAGACGCCAGGCGGCCGCCGGCGCACAAGGCGCUUUCUAGCUCCCUCCCCCGAGUGCGCAGCCCGCCUCCUUCCGCGGCGCCUGCAGCCGCAGGCUUACUCUCGCCUCCCGAGACGCCGUCCCCGAGACGCCCCGGGGGUCGCGGCAUCGUGUCCGCGGCGUGCGGAUCGUGAGGCCAAGGCGAACGGCCAGCGGUAGCGGGUCUGCGAGCCAGCGCCCCGGGCUAGGUCCUCUCCCGCCCGGUGAUCCAGGCAAGAACCCAGCUGGUUGUGCUCUGAGGCCAGUGUCGCCGCUGCUGAGUGGAAACACAAUGUCCGUCAGCGUGCACGAGAACCGCAAGUCCAGGGCCAGCAGUGGCUCCAUUAACAUCUAUCUGUUCCACAAAUCUUCCUAUGCUGACAGUGUCCUCACUCACUUGAACCUUUUACGCCAGCAGCGUCUUUUCACUGACGUCCUUCUCCAUGCGGGAAAUAGAACCUUCCCUUGUCACCGGGCAGUGUUGGCUGCGUGCAGCCGCUACUUUGAAGCCAUGUUCAGUGGCGGCCUGAAAGAAAGCCAGGAUAGUGAAGUCAACUUCGACAACUCCAUCCACCCAGAAGUGCUGGAGCUGCUGCUCGACUAUGCGUACUCCUCCCGGGUCAUCAUCAAUGAAGAAAAUGCAGAAUCGCUUUUGGAAGCUGGCGACAUGCUAGAGUUUCAAGACAUCCGGGAUGCAUGUGCGGAGUUCCUGGAGAAGAACCUGCAUCCCACCAACUGCCUGGGCAUGCUACUGCUGUCGGACGCACACCAGUGCACCAAGCUGUAUGAGCUCUCCUGGAGGAUGUGUCUCAGCAACUUCCAAACCAUCAGGAAGAACGAAGAUUUCCUUCAGCUGCCCCAGGACAUGGUAGUGCAGCUCUUGUCCAGUGAAGAGCUGGAGACAGAAGAUGAGAGGCUUGUGUAUGAGUCUGCAAUUAACUGGAUCAGCUAUGACCUGAAGAAGCGCUACUGCUACCUCCCAGAGCUGCUGCAGACAGUGAGGCUGGCUCUCCUGCCGGCCAUCUAUCUCAUGGAAAAUGUGGCCAUGGAGGAACUCAUCACCAAGCAGAGGAAGAGCAAGGAGAUUGUGGAAGAGGCCAUCAGGUGCAAACUGAAAAUCCUGCAGAAUGAUGGCGUGGUAACCAGCCUCUGUGCCCGGCCUCGGAAAACCGGUCAUGCCCUCUUCCUCUUGGGAGGGCAGACUUUCAUGUGUGACAAGCUGUAUCUGGUAGACCAGAAGGCCAAAGAAAUCAUUCCCAAGGCCGACAUCCCCAGCCCAAGAAAAGAGUUCAGUGCAUGUGCAAUUGGCUGCAAAGUGUACAUUACUGGGGGGCGGGGAUCUGAAAAUGGAGUCUCGAAAGAUGUCUGGGUUUAUGAUACCCUGCAUGAGGAGUGGUCCAAAGCUGCCCCCAUGCUGGUGGCCAGGUUUGGCCAUGGCUCUGCUGAACUAAAGCACUGCCUGUAUGUGGUCGGGGGGCACACGGCCGCAACCGGCUGCCUCCCGGCCUCCCCCUCAGUCUCUUUAAAGCAAGUAGAACAUUAUGACCCCACAACCAACAAAUGGACCAUGGUGGCCCCGCUCCGAGAAGGUGUCAGCAAUGCCGCAGUAGUGAGUGCCAAACUCAAGCUGUUUGCUUUUGGAGGUACCAGCGUCAGUCAUGACAAGCUCCCCAAGGUUCAGUGUUAUGAUCAGUGUGAAAACAGGUGGACGGUACCGGCCACCUGUCCCCAGCCCUGGCGUUACACAGCAGCAGCUGUGCUGGGUAACCAGAUUUUUAUUAUGGGGGGAGAUACAGAGUUCUCAGCCUGCUCUGCUUAUAAGUUUAAUAGUGAGACUUACCAGUGGACCAAGGUGGGAGACGUGACAGCAAAGCGCAUGAGCUGCCAUGCUGUGGCCUCUGGAAACAAGCUCUACGUGGUUGGGGGAUACUUUGGCAUUCAGCGAUGCAAAACUUUGGACUGCUACGAUCCCACAUUAGAUGUGUGGAGCAGUAUAACCACCGUCCCAUACUCUCUAAUUCCUACUGCAUUUGUCAGCACUUGGAAACAUCUACCUUCUUAAACUCAGUACAGCCUAAAGAAAGUGAGCAUGAGCUCAUUCUAUCAUUUGGUGAGACAAAAUGAUAUUCUACUUUGGAGAGGCCAAAUUCAAUGAAGAGAAAGAAAAGAAAAAGAAGUGGCUACAAGACUCAUGAUCCACUUCAUCUUGUAAAUGCUCUGACUGGACAUGAAGGAAGGGGUGGGGGAGGGGUGGGAUUUUCAUUGCAAGUAGCACGUGGUUUAAAUAUGAAUGAAUGAACCUGUGAUCUAGUCCUUGUCUUGUAAUUGUGGAUUAAUGUCAGCGUUAAUCAGCCCCUCAAUGGAAGAGAAAAGCCGAGCCCUUUCCCUUGCUGUACCAUAUUCAGCAUUUGAUUUACAUGGGCUCCACCAUUUAUGUGUAAAAUUUGAAAUGGUUGUCAGCGCUCUUUGAGGAGCAAGCUUGAAGCCUCCACACCAGCUGCUGCUGGAGAUUGAAAGCCCAACUGUGGGGCUGGAGGGGAGCUGGCUGGGCUUGCUGCAGAGGGAGGGUCGUGGACUCCACUGAUGUCUGAGAGGCUGUGCGCCCCAGGAAGGCUGCAGAGUGAGCGCUGCUGGACCCACCAAUCUUGGAGGGGCCCUGCGCCCCAGGAAGGGUUCUGAACAAUGGGGACAUUGUUACUAGCUGUUUGGUAGGUGUUCAUUUCUAUUUAUAAGUGACUUUGAACUUUCCCUUGGCUGUUCAGAAAUGUUACAGAUGUUAGCUAUUUAUUGUUUGAUACCUGCAUGCUGAAACACUGCUUAUGGUUGUCUUCACGUGUAUGGACCUGUGUGAAUGGGUGUAUGUUUUGCACAAUUUUGUGGCUGUUGUGAUGUGCUUUGCUGCACAAAAAAAACUUUGGAGUUACAAUUUGGAAUAUUACUGGAGGGUGGGUUGGGGAAGGGGGGAUUGUGUAAAUGUCAAGACAGGGAAGGAGUACAAAUGCAAACUUUAACAUUCUAGAGGUACGGAGAGCAUGGAGGUCCCUUUUCUUAGACUCACCAAUUUUUAAUGGCGUUUCACGGGCUCUGGCCAUGCUGACAGCUCGUGGAGUGAGGGAAGCCUUCUUGCUCCCCUGCUCCUUCCCAGAUGAUUCACUUACUUCAGUCUCUGCUACUGAAAUUUGUAAAGGACCAAAUCACUUUGUAGAUUUUUUCUUUGUGUAAUCCUGAAAUCCUGGAAAAUUCUAUGGAAUAGUUCUGUAUAUAGGGCACAGGUAAAGGCACUAUCCAAAGGUUAUUUAUUUAUCUAUUUAUUACCCUAUGAGAAUGCUUUGCCAUAAUCACAGUUAAUCACAGGAAAAACUGAAUUGUCACAGAUGUAAAUUAAGUCACUGGUUGGAUUUGCUUGACCUGGAUUCAUUGUUCUUUAGUCUUGCUGAGCGAUUUAGCAAGUGCUGGAAGUUCUCCCAGAUAAUACUCACAUUGGUACAACGUAUGCUUUAGUGCUCACCCUUAGGUAAGUCUCUAAAAGAUUACCCUUUGGUGCACAAAAAUGACACACUGGGCUACCAAACACCAAAGAACUGUGAGCAGUGGCCCCGAUUGAGUUCCGGGAUAGUUGGGACUCUGUUGUGAAUACAUUCUUUGCUAGUUUGAGUGCUUGUUUACUAAACAUGUCGUGAUAGGUGGUAUUGCUAGACUCACAUGGGUGCUUCCUCAGAGGUGUGAGGGGAAGACCAGAGUUUGCAACUCGCACUGCUUGCAUCGAUGUUUCUCACAUUACUGUAUUUUAGAAAAUAGGGCUUGAGACUGAUAAUAACCCUUUACAUUGUGAGUGUGUUUGCAUUGUCUAAUGACAGAUAAAUCCUUAACAUUUCUCUUCACCUGAAUACUAGACUAAUUGUACACAUUGUCUGUGCCAUGAAUGAGUGCGCUGUAGUUGGACCAAAAUAAAUGAGCUGUUGGGAUGAAAGAAUCACAAUGCUUUUCCAGCAGUCAGUCCCUGGCGCCUAGAUGUGUUCUAAGUGAUGCAAGUGUCUAAUUGUACCCUGGCCGCGUAGUUGGUGUCAUUAUAUUGUAGCAGUUACAGCUCUAGUUUUUGAUGCAAAUUGGCCACGAUGUGUGUGUGUCACUGCAUGGCUUCUGAAAACAGAAUGGAUUUUCUGCAGCUGUUUCAAAGUUGUGGUCUGUUCUUGAAUCCUCUAUUAAUUACUGUGUGUGAGCCAAAGGGAGCCGUGGUCAGGGUGGGCCCCCAGCCUGCAGGGAACUUUCUGGACUCCCACUCUUUGAAUUGAUGUAGGCAUUUGGGCUCACUACUUGACCAUUUUCACCCUAUGAAACGUCCCCCACUUUGAAGCAAAUACAAUUCACAGUGCAGUGCACACAAAAACCUUGGCAUAAGACAGAGAAGGUUCUUCUUAUUCUGUGGAUUGGUUGCUGUGGAGACGGAUAACAAAGGGCAGGCUUCCACUUCUGGUAUAAUUGUGUAGCCCUCUUUUCUCUGGGCUUGACACCUGUCUGAAUAAGAGUGAUUAGAGCUGAAUAAUAUCCCUCUCUUGGCUAUUGAAUAUGUGGUUCACGUACAAAACUCUAUGUCGAAGUAAAGUGUUCAUGUUCAUAUGUACUGUUUGCUACUACAUUUUUGAGGUUUCGUAAAACUUAAUUUGUUUUUCACAAUGUGAAACUGAAGGUCAAAUAAAUUAUUAGAGAUUUUCUCUUCA